AUGGCACCCUUGAAAAUUAUUGGAGCAGGAUAUGGAAGAACAGGCACGCACUGCGCUCAAUAUACUCGGGUACGUUUCUUAGUACACUACACAACCCAUCACAUGAAAUCAUACAAUGAAGAGGGCGGGCGUACAGAGAUGUUUACUGAAGCCUACGAGGAUCCAGAGAAAGCUGUUCAUUGGGAUUUUAUAUACGACGGAUUUGAUGCGGCUGUAGAUUGGCCUACAUGCUCCUUUCUUGAGCCAUUGAUGCAAAAAUAUCCCGACGCCAAAGUGAUCUUGACGGUACGGGAUCCUAAUAGCUGGUACCAGUCAAUGAGAAACACUAUUUUCCUCAUACACAAUGCCUCACGCCGUGAUCCAAGCAGGCAAAAUAAACCCAAAGUCAACAUGGUUGGGAAAAUCAUCCUGGAUGGUGCAUUCGAUAACCCUGACCUGUUCAACGAUGAAGUUGCAUUGAAAGCCAAGUUUGUAAAGCACAACGAGCGUGUCAAGCGUAUCGUCCCCAAAGAGCGUCUGCUAGUCAUGCAACUCGGUGAAGGAUGGGAUCGACUCUGCGAUUUUUUGGACGUGCCUGUGCCGUCGAAUGUAGACUACCCCAAUGUAAACAAAACAUCGGAUAUGCGCAAAAGGUUUCCCGAGCUGACUUUUCCUUAA